UGCAGCUUCACUGUAUUGGGGGGGUUCGAAAACCAGUCAGUAUCUGGUGUGACCUGGAGACCUGGUGUCUGUUGUGGCACGUUACCAAUGUGGCGGUGGUGGCAGCCAUCUUGAAGGGCGGCCUGCGGAUUAUGCCCCAGUCAGGGGGCCGCUUGGGCAGAGGGAUCUACUUUGCCUCUGAGAACAGCAAGUCUUCAGCAUACGUGCAUACUUCAAAAAGCACAGGUGUGAUGUUUUUGAACGAGGUGGCAUUAGGGAAGGAGCACACCAUCACCAAGGACGACAGCUCCCUGACGAAGCCGCCUACAGGCUACAACAGCGUGGUGGCUCGAGGACAGGUGGAGCCAGAUCCGUCCAGAGUCAUCUUCCUGACUUUGGAUGGUAAGAAGGUGGCUGUGCCUCAGGGUGAACCCGUCAAUCAGCCCCAGUACAAGGACAGCUACUUCGGCAAUAGCGAGUGCUUCAUCUACUCCCUGCAGGAGAACUUGAGUGCGGUGUCCCUAGAAUGUUUUUAUGUGAAACUCUUUACAACGAUGGCUUGUUAGCCAAUGAUGCAUGUUUUUAAUAAUGCAUUCACUGUCAGUAAUAUAUGCAAUGUAUGUAAUGUGAUUUGUUUGUUAUAUGAUUAUAUAUCGAGCGUAGGGACAUCUUUGGAGUUUCUCAGAGACUGGUGUUUGUAUGUGGGUUAUUGCUUUUGGAAGGACUCUGGGUCUAGGUAUGUUUGGAUUAUGUUAUCAUGGGCCGUUGUUGUGUUAUAAUGAGCUAAAUGUGUUAUGUCGAUUACUGAUAUUGUAUCGGGUGUGAUGUGCCAUUUGACAAUGAACAUCUGAUUGUGUUUGUUCUUUUAGUGUUGGCCUACGCCACUUAGAGAUUUGUAGGACUUCAGCACUAAGCACUUUAUUGUACAAGUCUGAUCUGUUACAGUGGAUUGAGUUUGGUCCAAUUGUGUCCUCAAUUGGGUUAUAUUAUUACUGUUCUUAUUAUUGUUUUGUUUCUUGAAUGAACUCUUUUGUACUUUAUGAGAACUCUCUCACUACCAGCCUCUUUAUUGAAGGUCAACCUGGUUGUAAGUUACUGGACAUUACAGUUUUAUUCAUGUUCAGUCUCCAUCAGCUUGCAUGUCUGGCAAUCAUCUUUUACAGGCCCUUUAAGUAUAAACUGUAUUGGCCAGCAGAGAGUGCUAUGGUGCCAUACAAUGAUUCUAACAAUGACUUAUCACAAGACUUGUGUCAGCAGAUGGGUGUAAGUACUACAUUAGUGCUGUAAUGUUUUUACAACACAAUCACAUCCAUAGGAUUCAUUCUAUUCUAUGUGUUUUAUGUAGAGACACAGGAAGGAGUGAUUCUUUGGUUUAAUGUUUAUUACAAUAGCGAAUGCAAUACAAUUGGUUUUAAUCUAUGAACAACAUACACAAAAACAUUUUGCAAUGUUCCAGAAGGAUCCUUAGACCAUUUCCACAAACCCAGAUGCACCAUUCAAAUGUCAAUACA